UCCUUUGGCGGUCGCGGCAGGAGCCUCCAUGAUGGGCGGCGGAUCGGUGGGGUUAGCGGGAGUCUCGGUAGCAGGAGGCGCAGGCGUAGGCAAAGCGUUCGGCGCAAUAGUUGCGGCCGCGGCUGGAAAGAGCGCGGUGGCUCUGGGAGCGGCGACGGGUGGUGUGUUGGGAGGGUCGGUGGGAGCGCUAGCAGGUGCUGAGGACCCGGGGCCGCGGGAGGCCGCACUGGAAGCAAUGCAGCAGGUGGGAGUGAUGGGCGCUGCGGUGGUGGGUGUGGCAGCAGGAGUGGGUGGGGCCGUAGGGGCGGGAGCAGCAUUGGGGGCGGUGCUAGAGGGAGGAGCGGUAAGUGCUGCAUCAAAUGCGGUGGUCGCCGCGGGCAACGCAGCAGUGCAGCCUGUGACCUCCAGUGCAGCCGGAGCAACCGCACGCAUCCUGAGCGCCGUGGGAGAGAUCGGAAGAGCGGCGGCGGGAAUCAUGCUGGCCGGAGGACUGGUGAUCAGGGUGGUGAAGGAGAGAGUGCGGUCUGCAGAAAGCACCGAACGCAGCUCCUACGAGAUCCACUGGAACAAGUGAGCGUCUGGAGCGCAGUGCUAACGCUUACGGUUUAUCGUACACACACUUCAAAUCCUGCAGCGAUUAUCACCUAAAUUAGACAGGGCCGCAUCAGCUUGUCAUUUCAUUCAGAUUUGUAG